AUGGCAAGUCAUCGGCUAGAUCGGCUGGUAACGCUAUUGGCGCUCUUUGUGUCAACAACCACCGCCACCUAUUGCUAUCCCGGCAUGCCAUGCUUCCCAUCCAAUGAAGAACAAGUGCAAUAUACUGUAAGAGUGAAUGGCCAUGCAGUUUUUCCAUAUCAACCAGAAUAUGACGCAAUGGUCAUCAUGCAGAAUGUUAGGGUAACGAAAUUCCCUCACUUAAUCGCCACUCCGGCCUCCACUGAGGAAGUUCAGGAGGCGGUCAAGUUUGCCCGGAAGUUCAAUCUGCAUAUGACCGUAAUUUCCUCAGGACAUGACUACUCCGGAAGAUCAACAGGAGACGGAAGCUUCCAGAUUAGUUUGAGAAACAUAUCUGAUAUCGAUGUUAAUUUGUCAUCUACACGACAUCUUGAUGGCGAAGUUACUAUCGGGAGUGGAGCGCCCUGGCUAAGCGUGUACGAAAAACUCACUCAAUACGACCGUGUUAUUGUGGGCGGAAGUGCACACACUGUCGCAAUGGGAGGAUAUACACAUGGUGGCGGACACAGUCCAAUGUCCCGGAUGUUUGGACUGGCUGUGGAUAAUCUGCUCGAGGUAGAAAUUGUUUUAGCUGAUGGUUCGAUAGCCAUUGCCUCGGCAGAUGGUACAGAAAUCACAGGAACAGAUGGUGUAGUAAAUCGUACAUCAGACUCGGAUCUCUUCUGGGCUUUACGUGGUGGAGGGGGAGGCACGUAUGGCAUAUCAACCAAGUUCACAUUCAAAAUACACAGGGCUGCGAGAGGAGUGGUUAACCUCGACAUAGCCUAUCCUAUGAUACUUGAAAAUGGAACUUCUGUCGCUGACCAAGUACUGCAAAAAAUGUCCGAGAUUAUCCUCUCUGCUCCACAACAAUGGGGAGGAUAUUUCAUGAUCAACGGAUAUCCAGAUGGAAAAACACAUGGAAAUAUUGAACUAUUCGCUAACCAUUACGGAACAUGGGACAUGGCGUCAAGAAAGUAUAUGGAUGAGCUUGUAAACUUCCAACGGGAUUGGCAGAAGCGUGCAAUUUAUAGGAACUAUACCCGUUUCAUAGAUUACGAACGAACGGCAAUAGACGCCAAGUACUACAGGACUUACAUCUCAAACAUUCUGAUGAACAACCAGAGUUUCACGCCUGAGUGGAGGAAAGCCAUGAUCGAAAAUGCAUUUUCGUUUCCGUUACAAAAGUCUUCGAUUUCUGCAACUGGAACAUGGGUCGGAGGAAAGGUUCAUGAAGUGGGAACUGCUGAUACGUCGGUUCAUCCAGGUUUCCGGGAAAGCUACAUGUCACUUACUUCUGGAAUUAGCUGGUCUGGAUAUGGUGACCAUGAACAUGAAUUUGUGGCAGAAGGUCAAAAGGUCAGAGAAAAGCUGAGACCAUUUGGUUUCGGAAGUUACCGAAACGAGGGCUCUGCUGAUUCACCUUCGUGGAAAGAUGACUUCUGGGGAAGUAAUUAUGACCGUCUUCUUGUUAUCAAACGUAGAUACGACCCAGACAACGUGUUCUCGUGUGCUGACUGCGUUGGACGAGAUCUAUAA